AUGAGCUUUGCGACAGCGGCGCAGAACACAGCCUUCGCCCGUCCGUUCAACGAAUCGCAUUGCGCCGUCUCAGCCGUCACCCGUUGUGUGUUCAGCCACACCUCCUCCUCCAAUGCUACCACGAAGGUGGCAUGUAGGGAGCGGAUUGUAGCAGGUACCCUCAGCAUCCUGUUUGCCGCCUCGGCUAUGGGCGUCGUGUGUGCUCUCAUGCUAGCCCAAAGCGUUCACGAACCCAUCUUUCUCGUCCAUGUCGGGGCCAGCGCCUUGAUCGCGGGCGUGUGCGCCGGACUCACCCCCACGUCGUUCGACGCUGCCGUGCUACUCGUGCAGGUCGUGGCGUUCUCCAUGGCAGUGCUCAACAGCUGCUUCUGCAGCAGCCGACCCAACACGAACUGCUUCCUGCUUCUGGACUCUGCCACUGCCAUGAGUAUUGUGUUUGUGCCCAUGGCCGUCCUCCGCAUGCAUCAGCACGCCCACGUCGUGUCCGCCGCCAUCUGCCUCGACCUGGUCGGCCUCCUCUACAUCCCCAUCACGUUUCGCAUGCUCAUGAGCAAACUCGGGUAA